AUGGUUACCCAAGAGGAAGAUCAAGAAGGUACCAGUAUUGACAGGAGAGACCGAGAAGGGCCGAAAGGCAGUAAUGCCCCGAGCAGACCGGAUCGACAAGACAUGAGCCGUCCUUCCACAACAGACACGACUCCCCUUUACAUUGUCGCAGAGAUGCAGAUGAUGAAGGAGCGUAUGAACCUUAUGAUGAACGUCCUCAAAGGACAAGUGUCCAACGACCUCGAUGAUCUAGUCCACCGAACUGACUCGCCCUUCACCACGUCCGUCAACCCCUUCCCCCUGUCGCAGAAGUUUCGUAUGCCCCAUAUAGAAAGCUACGACGAAGUCAAGGACCCUCUCGAUCACCUAGAGACUUUUAAGACCUUGAUGCAUUUUCAAGGAGUAGCAAACGAGAUCAUGUGUAGGGCCUUCCCUACAAUGCUAAAAGGACCUGCGAGAAUUUGGGUCAGCAGACUAACACCUAACUCCAUCAGCACUUUCAAGGAGCUAAGCACCCAGUUUACCUCGCACUUUAUUGGGGGACAUAGAUACAAGAAGUCUACUGCAUGCUUGAUGAGUAUCAAGCAGCGAGAGGAUGAGACGUUGAGAUCCUACAUAGCUCGCUUUAACAAGGAAGCGCUCUCGAUUGACGAAGCUAACAACAAGAUACUUGUAGCAGCCUUCACAAAUAGGUUACAGAAGAGUAAGUUUUUGUUUACUUUGUACAAGAAUAACCCAAAAACCAUGUCGGAUGUGCUUUACAAGGCCACCAAGUACAUGAAUGUUGAAGAUGCGUUGCUGGCUCGAGAGGAAAAGCCAAUAAAGAGAGAAAGACAGGAAGACACGCGACAGGAUAGGUGGCGAAAGAUGGCAAAAAUCGGAGAGCGACGGGAAGACAGGCACUUUAAGCCCCCGACAGGGAGAUUCACGAGCUUCACCUCGCUAACAGCCCUAAUCGACCAACUCCUAAUGCAAAUCAAGGAUGAAGGAACCUUAACCUUCCCUAGAAAGUUGAAGGGAGAUCCCAACAAACGGCCUAGAGAUAGGUACUGUUGCUUCCAUCGUGACCACGGCCAUGAAACUGCGGAUUGCUAUGACUUGAAGCAGCAAAUCGAAGCCUUUAUUAGACAAGGGAAGUUACAAAAGUUCGUCAGCAGGGAGAGAAUAGAUCCGCCUACACAAGAGCGAGCCCCCCGACGGGACAACGAGCGUCCCAAACCACCCCUGGGAGACAUAAGGAUGACUGUGGGAGGAACGGCGCCUACCGGCUCAUCCAGGAAGGCCUGA